GGUUACUCUGCACAAUCAGCUGAUUUCAAUUUUGCGGCAAUUUUGUUUCUCAUAUAUCUAAAGCUCGUAAUCCUCUCCUUCCUUUUUUUCAAAAAUUAUAAAAUGUCCGGAAAAGCUUUGAAUAUUGGUGAUCAGUUUCCAAACUUCUCGGCUGAAACUAGUGUGGGAAAAAUUGAUUUUUACGAUUGGAUGGGCGAUAGCUGGGCUAUUCUUUUCUCCCAUCCGGCUGAUUUUACGCCCGUCUGCACUACGGAAUUAUCCCGAGUUGGGGCCUUAGUUCCGGAAUUUCUAAAACGUGGAGUCAAGCCGAUUGCUUUGUCCUGCGACACCGUGGAUUCGCACAAGCGAUGGAUCGAAGACAUUAAAAGCUUUGGAAAGCUUAGCAACUUCGAUUAUCCCAUCAUUGCGGAUGACAAGCGGCAGCUGGCCCUCAAGUUCAACAUGCUUGAUAAGGAUGAGAUCAAUGAUGAGGGUAUUCCUCUCACAUGUCGCGCUGUUUUCAUUGUGGAUGACAAGAAGAAGCUUCGUCUUUCCAUCCUGUAUCCUGCCACAACAGGUCGCAAUUUCGAUGAAAUCCUCCGAGCUAUCGAUUCGCUUCAUUUGACCCAAACGAAGAGUGUGGCCACGCCUGCAGAUUGGCAAAAGGGCGGCAAGUGCAUGGUUUUGCCAACUGUCAAAGCCGAAGAAGUGCCAAAGUUGUUUCCCAAAGGCAUCGAAACAAUUGAAGUUCCCUCCGGAAAGAAUUAUCUAAGGAUCACUCCUCAGCCCUAAGAAUGCAACAGCCGUUUUUCAAGUAUGAUUUAUUACAAAAAUUAUAAUUAACAACAAAAUAAUGCACAAUAAAGUAUACGCUUACAACCGUA